UCUGUUGCCUGCGGCCCCUUUUUGUUCUCUUGUAGUCUGCUAAUUUGAUUUGAUCGUUCUUUGGCCCUUUCCGUCGGUUGAGUCGAUCGUGCAUUUAUUAAUUCGGGUGAUUCUGGGGCCAGAUUCGUCUCCGUCGGCCGCGUCCCAUUCCGCUAGAAAUAAUUCGGUCUUUGAAUGAAGAAUCUGAUGACAUAUAUUAAUUGGAAGUGUGAAAGCUAUCUGGUUCUGCCUCGCAGAGCCUGUUAGAUGGAUAAACUUAAGGAAGCAACUGUCUCAUAGAAUACAUGGGUUGUUGUGUUGGAGGUCUAGCCAAACCUCAAUCUUUACCAGAAAGAACGCCGAUGGCAUCUAAGAAGAUAAAUAUUGGUCAUUUUUCAGCACACAAAGAAAGCCAAUGGUCUUCAAGUCCAGAGGCAAUGGAGAACAAUAUUAGCAUAUCUCAUUCCCUUGAGACAAAUUUCUCUUUAGCACCUAAUGCUGCCAAUGAGAUCAUGAUGUUGCCAGAGGAAAAUCAUAACAACUUAUUUACUAAUCAAGCUGCUAUAGCUUGGAAUGAGAUGCGAAGAGAAUGGGUUGGAGAUCAGUCUAAGAGAUCCCAUAUGGCUCCGAGAGAACCCACAAUAAGCUGGAGCACCACAUAUGAGGAUUUAGUCUCAACCACUCAACCUUUUCCGCAACCCAUCCCAUUGUCGGAGAUGGUGGAUUUUUUAGUUGAUGUCUGGCAUGAAGAAGGCCUUUAUGAUUAGAGACUGUCAUCAUCAUAUCAACAUUGGAUCAUCCCAGUUCGAUCUUCUUGUGUGUAGAUUUCCAAGGAUGGUUGUUGUCCUUGAACCGUGCAAAUCAAAUACAGAUGUUCAGCUCCGAUGAUGUGGAUUGUAAGUCCAUCUGAAAGUUUAUACAGCAUAAUUGUUAUUUUUUGUGUCAGGAGGGUUACUUUUUUGCAUUCAUCUGAUCCUCGGCAUGUUUUUGUCGUGAUGUUAUCGGUCAUGUUUAAUGUUAAUCUGCAAGUUGUGAUCAGCA